AUGGGUGGCUCACUAUCAAAAUACUUCACCAAUCUCAUUUGGGGCAAGAAAGAUAUCAGGAUUCUGAUUCUUGGUCUUGACAAUGCCGGCAAGACCACCCUUUUGUACAGACUCAAGAUCGGCGAAGUGGUAACUACGAUACCGACAAUUGGAUUCAAUGUCGAGUCCGUCCAGUACGGCAAUCUGAACUUCGAUGUCUGGGAUUUGGGUGGACAGACCUCAAUAAGGCCUUACUGGAGAUCAUACUACGCCAACACCGCCGCUGUGAUAUUUGUCAUUGAUUCGACCGACAUUGAACGAUUAGAGAUCGCCGCGGACGAACUAAGGUCGAUGCUGAAUGAAGAUGAAUUGAAAGAUGCGGCUUUAUUGGUGUUUGCCAACAAGCAAGAUCAGCCUGGCGCACAAGGCGCAGGAGAGAUCUCUGAAGCUUUGAAACUGGGCGAGCUGAGAGACCGGAAUUGGAGUAUUGUUGCGUGCUCAGUGAUUGAUGGGAAAGGGAUCAACGAGGGCAUGGAUUGGCUUUCGUAA